AAUCGACAGUUAUCGAUAGUUUCUUAGUCGUAGUUCAUUGGUGUAUUAUAAUCACAUUAUAAUAAUCACCGAAAUCACGUGACCGAAAAAAAAGAUCUGAUUGGUAAAAAAUUUUACGUUGUCUGCUUUGCCUAUUUAUGACUGGUUUCUAUCCGCUGAUCCAUAACCAGUUUGACGUGAGGUGUUGUUUGACAUACAUGUUUGCACGGUGAAGAAACGGUGGUGUGGGGAAAACAAAUACAUAAUUUGACGCAAUUUUACACGCAUCCGGAUUUUCGCUGCUCAAAGUGUACGAAGAUGAGUGCUAUAACGAAGGCCGGUAGGCUGUUUAAUGCUAGAUCUUUCAUUUUGACGAGGAAUAUUUCUCGUAGCUCCGUUAACGAUAACGAUGAUCUCAAUAUUGUUCAUCCCGAGGCACGUGAGCCACACAUUCCUCCUUAUGUGGAACGGCAAGGUGAAGACAUAACCUUAAAACGAGCUAGGCUCAUCUACCAAUCUCGCAAACGAGGUAUGUUGGAAAACGGUCUCCUUCUUAGUACUUUUGCCAAAAAGUACCUCGACAACUUCAAUGAAUCCCAAAUGGUGCUGUACGAUAGAUUGAUCAACCUGCCGUCAAAUGACUGGGAUAUAUUUCACUGGGCUGCAGAAGUUAAGCCGACUCCGUCUGAGUUUGACAAUGAAGUUAUGGAUUUGCUCAAAGAGCAUGUUAAAAAUAAGGAUAGAGUCAGCAGAUUGAUGCAACCAGAAUUGUAAUUAGUUAUGAACGAGUAGCCAUUGCAAUUAGAGAUUUCAAAAACGAUAUUACACUACAGAUGAGUUUAUUCCCUGGCAGGAUCAAAAGUGAAAAACAGUUAUAAACGAUACAAUAUGGAAAACUAAAUGAUCAUCAGCGUUGCUCUUUGUUUCGGAAGAGCUAAAAGUGAGUCAGUAUUUUGUAUUUUUUAUAUAUCCAACUUGUUCACGCGUCAUAUCAGGAAAAUUGUAUUUAUUUCUCAGUUUUGUGAUUGGAUUUUUUUGGUGUGUGUAAAAAACAAAUAUUAUGUAAAA